AUGACCGCGACACAGGAGCCAAGCAAUGCGUCGCCCGCAGGAGAGACGACGCCUCUUUUGCAACGCGAGGAGCCCAAGGAAAGCGACAGCGGCAAGAAACACGGUGUUUCGGUUUUAUUCCGCGCGCUGCUUUGUGCCUUCCUCGUGUCGUUGACUUUUGGCAUCACCCAAGUCCCUAUCCUCUAUGCCUUUCGCAUGAUGACCUGCGAUGCAUACUACGAGCAUCACACCCCCGACCCCAAUGCCGACGACAUAUGCGCGAGACGCGAGAUUGAAGCUGGAGCAGCACGAUCGUUUGCGCUGCUCGCUUCGUCGACUACGAUAUUCGGACUGGUUAAUCUUCUGGUUGCAGGCUGGACGAUUAAAAGAUUAGGCGUGAAGCUUGCUCUCAUUAUCCAGAUCUUCUGGCCUGCUGUUCGCUUGCUUGUUCAGAACAUUGGCAUCAUGCAUGGCAGCAGCGUUGGCAUCAUGAUUGUUCAGGCCUCGCAAAUCAUCACGGUUGUUGGAGGACCCAAUGGCUAUGUUCUUUGUCUCAACUCCCUAGUCGCUGACGUGGUUGGGCACGAGGGACGCACCGGUGCCCUGGGCCGUCUCCAGGGUUGCAUGUACUUUGGGAGCGCCAUUGGCUUCCUUAUCGGCGGCGUCGUAGGCGGCUACUUUGGCAUCCUUGCCCCGUUCCGUAUGACAUUGGCAUUGUUCUUGCUCUGCUGUGCAUAUGUAGCAGUAUCCCUGCCGGCCAUGGGCCCGCCCCAAGAACCCAAAGAUGCGACGCCUCGUCGAACCACGGGCAUUGCACGGUUCGUUGGGCCUCUCCGAAUCUUUGCGCCACAGAAAUGGGAGCUCCCCAACGGCCACACUCGCAUCCAAACCGGAGCAUUGACACUCGGAAUCGGUGUUUUCCUAGGUAUCCUCGCGACAGGCUACAUUCCGGUACUGCUCCAGAUGUAUGCGACUGCUGAAUUCAGCUUCGGCACCAAGGAGAAUGGUGCCUUGAUUUUCCUGUACUCAUCGCUAAGGGGCGGUUUCUUGUCCCUAGUGUUUCCCCGUAUCAUUGCUGCAGGACGAAAUUGGCUCGGCGAUGUCAGCAACCAAAAGGUAACACAAGUGGAAGAAAGAGAACCGCUAGUCCAGGUCCAAAUUACACCACCAACGCCUGCCGUUACUGAAAUCGUCGAUCCUCUGGAGAACGAGGAGCCACCAAAUCCCGAACCGAUCAACAAACAAGAGACGUUUACCUUUGAUCUGUUCUACGCGCGCUUCAGCCUCCUACUCGAUGGCAUACUGACAGGUCUUGCCAUGUUUGUGUCUCAAGGAUGGCAAAUGUAUCUUGUUGCUGUAUUUUUACCAUUUUCGGCAGGAACAGGUGCUGCAUCAAAGGGAACAAUCCUUCAAAUGCUUCCGGAAAGUGAUCGCGUGGACGCUUUGAGUGGCAUCACGCUCGUGGAGAACAUUGCGCGACUUUCCACAACUGCCGUCUUUGGGCUAGCUUUUGCAGCACUCGCAGAAAUUGGGAAGAGCUAUCUCACGUUUGUUUGCAAUGCUGCCGUUGCGUUUCUUGGAUUUCUCGUCUUGCUUUUCUCGCGCUUCCCGCCAAAGGGUAGCUGUCGUGUAGAAUGCUGAUCGACAUACAUGUUGCAGUUGUACUUUGAGCGUACUCCAAAAAUGCAAAUGCUCUUCAACAU